CUGGAGCGGGAGCCAUGUCCAUGUGACGUUUACAACGCGGGAAUGUUUUCGAAUACCGAAUUCGAGUUUAACGUUUUGUUUUUUUAACGCGUUUGUUGUAUGCCAGUGCGAAAUUGUGAUUGAAAAUAUAGUGAAAACUUUUUGGAAAGUUUAAAAAUAUUUUUGUGUUGUGAACUUUUUAUUCCAACUGUGAGAAUUUUGGAUAUGUACAAUGGCGGACUACAACGACACAUUACUGCUAAACGACACUGACACCUACAAGCCGUAUUCACAAAGACCGGAGACGUACAUAGUGCCCAUACUGUUUGCUUUCAUCUUCAUCAUUGGAGUGGUUGGUAAUGGGACCCUGGUCGCUGUGUUUAUAAGACACAAGGCUAUGCGAAACGUCCCCAACACGUACAUCCUAUCUCUCGCGCUGGCUGAUCUCCUGGUCAUCAUAUCCUGCGUUCCCUUUACCUCCGUGGUCUACACCCUCGAGUCGUGGCCGUGGGGCGUCACAGUGUGUCGACUGUCUGAAGCUGCGAAAGAUAUCAGCAUUGGCGUGUCCGUGUUCACGCUGACCGCGCUGUCCGCUGACCGGUACUUUGCGAUCGUGGACCCGCUGAGAAAACUGCAUGCUACUGGUGGUAGCAAGCGGGCAACCCGUGUGACGGUUGCUACAGCAAUCGGCAUUUGGUUGCUGGCGGGAGCCAUGGCCGCCCCGGCUUACAUUGGAUCUUAUUUACGAGAGUUCGUCGUUAAUCCGACAAAAAAGUUCCUCGUCUGCUACCCAUACCCAGUGGAGUGGGGGGACCAGUACCCAAAAGUGAUGGUCCUGCUGAAGUUCCUCGUAUACUACUCCAUGCCCCUGGCUGUGAUCGCGAUGUUCUAUAUCCUGAUGGCGAGACACCUGGUACUGAGCACACAGAAUGUGCCAGGGGAAAUGCAGGGGACGCAGAGACAGAUGCGAGCGAGGAGAAAAGUCGCGCUUACAGUACUAGCUUUCGUAUUAGUAUUUGCAGCCUGUUUUCUUCCAACUCAUGUCUUCAUGUUGUGGUUCUACUAUUGUCCCACAGCACAAUACGACUUCAAUGCGUGGUGGGCAGCGCUACGUAUAGUGGGAUUCUGCCUGUCCUUCCUGAACAGUUGCGUGAAUCCCAUCGCUCUGUACUGUACUAGUGGGAUAUUUAGGAAGCAUUUUAACAGAUAUCUCUUCUGCCGCACUCCUUCCACACACGGGACGAGGGGCUCCCUCUCUCUGUCGACGUCUAGAAGACUCCAUUCCAGCAGAAAGACCAACAUCAGCAUGGUUCCAAGAACAACGAGUGUGGGCCGAGACAGCAGCAUUCGCCUAUUGAACAACGGCUCUUCGAAGCUCUGAGAAAGGCACCGUUCGCGAUCCAUUGCGAACACACCAGACUAUCGUUUUAAUAUGUAGACCGUUAAAUACUCGGAAACAACAACGUUAAUGCAUUUGUAUAAAUAUCAAUGUAAACCAAAC